CGUCAGAGCGUCGCUGAAAGAGACGCCGCGAGCGUUUAUUCUGUUGAGCGCCGGGACGCGUGUGAUGUUGCUAUCAAUGAUAUUUAACUAAAUCCUUUCGAUAUAACCUAACAGUACAGACAAUAUCUACCCUAUUGGUCCAUUGUGCCAAUUUGUGUUGUAUUCUUGCUGGAAUUCACUGUGUUCUUAAGCGAUCAGAAUUACGUCGCCAGAAUAUUGCAGAAUAAUUCAGGUUACUAAGCUUUGAGGAUUUCACUUUGACCUAUACAGCUAUACGUGUAGUGUAUUAAUAUCGUGAUAUCGUGAUUCGUGUGGUGGAUUUGUUAAUUUGGCCAUAGACCGAUUCGUGUGCUGAAUUUUGUAGUUUGGCUAUAAACCGAAACCCUGAAUAUAUAAAGUGCCGGGAUCAACGGUUGGCGAAUACCGCCAUGUUUCUUCUUUUGUUUUGGGGUGCUAUGGUCGGCUUGACCUCUGCCGUUUUACCCUCCAUGAGAGACAGUUUGUCAAACCCCGUCCACGUAUACGAGGGAGAUGACGCCCUUAUCACUUGCGUCGUCCGAAACGUCGGUUCGAAUACAGUUAUGUGGAAGAAGGAGGACAGGGAGCGACAUAGUACAAGGGUUUUGACGGCUGGUGAAAAUAGGGUAACUGCAGAUAAACGAUAUGGGGUUUUGCAUGAUUCAGAUCCCAUAUCAGAAACACCCGACGGUAUAACGGAAUUACCAUCAGGAGGAGACGUCUGGGUUUUAGUUAUAGAAAAUUCAAAACCAACAGACUCUGGAGUAUAUGUCUGCGAAGUUAAUAGUAGUCCUACGGUUCGAAGUUUUCAUAAACUUAGCGUGUUAUCAAAGUCCAUGCUGCCCCCUAAUUACACAACAACUGACCCUUCUUCAUCAGGAGAAGACCAACGGCAACUAAGCAGCAAAAAUCACAAUUACACAGACUGUUGUGUGGCAAAAAACGUUUCAACUGUAUGUCUUGGAUUCUGUAAUAUACAAAGUAUUCUAGAGGAUCAUUUUUCAGGAACGACUGGACAAGAUCCUGAACAAUGCGAAACAGAUUUUCCAUCAAUUGUUAGCUGCAUGGCUGAUGGUAGAAAUCAUGUUCCUUGCUGUAUACAAGAAAGGGUGCCUGAUAUAUGUCAAGAUGUCUGCAGAGGAGAAUAUACAGCCAUCACCGAUAAUAUUAAAACUCACUUUUCCUGUUCUUCGUACACUGAGCAAACGUUGGCAUGUAUUGUAGAAGGAAUUGAGCUACUACCUAGUCCUCCAAUGAACGUAGAAGUAGAAGCUCUCACAGAAAAAUCUCUUCGUGUUCAGUGGACUUUACCAGUAUCCAACACUGAAACUAUAACCGAAUUUGCAGUAAAUGUUACUUCAUUAAAAAGUUUUGAUAUAAGGAAAACAAGCAACAGUGACAGUGCCACGUUUACUCAAAGCGUUUUAGUUAAGGUUCCAGUAAGUCAGACCAGCACAAUCUUACAAAAUCUAAUACCAUUCACAAUGUACGACAUUACAGUGACUGCAAUCAAUCGUCAUGGCAGCAGUCUUCCAAGCUACAGCGUCCGUUCUUUAACGCUAACACCAGGCAGCGUGAAGCAGACAACGACUGGACGACCACCACAACUGCCAGACAUAAAAAGCUGUUGUGCGAACAAAGGUAUCGUGCACAAAACAUGUGUUACAAAACUGUGCGAUCCAGUGCAAGCUUCAUCAGCUGAAAUAACAGAUCUUAUGAUUUGCGCACCUUGGGCUGCUGACACUUUCGGAUGUUUGACCAAUGGAAUGGACCAUACUCCCUGUUGUAAAGCGAGAGGUUUGCCGGAUAUAUGUCAACAACUUUGUACUGGCAAUGUGUCCAGUAUAGAUUUUAAUUAUUUCAAGUGUCUUCGUUAUAUGAGCGAAUACACAAACUGCUUGCUUCAAGGAUAUGGUGUUCUACCAAGUGCUCCUACUGAAUUCCACGUGACUAAUAUAGAAACUGAAUUUGCUAUACUUCACUGGUCUCAGCCUAAAACACUAGGAGACACAGUUUCAAACUAUAAUCUUUUUAUACGGAACGCUGAUGAUGAGCUUUCUGAAUAUACCAUGAAGAAAGGGGUGCGCAGUCCAUAUAUUGCGGAAAAUUUGGAGAGCGAGACUGAUUAUGAGGUAUACGUGGAGGCUGUCAAUGCUCAUGGUGUGGGAACCCCUAGUGCAAUGUUGACGUUCAGGACAGAAAGUAAGAUAGUUGAAGAGAAAAUCGAGGAAGCAUUAGUUUACAACGUUACAGGCUGCUGUGUAGAAGCCCAAGUCAACUCAGUGUGUCUACCUCUAUGUUCCUUCAACGCCAACAUGACUGAUCUAAAAGCUUUGGCUAGUGUCUGCAAAGGAGACUACGAGAAGAUACUUAAAUGUGCCGCAGGGGGUCGCAAUCAUGCCACAUGUUGUCACAGGCGAGGAGUACCAUCAGGGUGUUUGCCAGUCUGCAAUGGAGUGCUACUUCAUCAAUUUGCUUCAGCUACUACCAGCUGCGUACCGUACAUUGGCAAUAUUGCUCAAUGUUUCGAAGAAGGUGCUGGAAAACUGCCUGGUCCUAUCUCUGGUCUACAUGCUGUAAUUAUUGAUGGACAUAGCAUCCUUUUGGAAUGGAACGUGCCAGAUAAUUCAACCAACGUUACAGAUUACGUCGUCUAUUAUCAAAAAGUAGAUAACACAUCGAUGUACGAAACGGUUUCCAAAUUAGAUCAGCACGUAAACACUACUCUUACGACAGCUACUUUAACCGGAUUGGAAGAAAAACAAAUGUACCAUAUUUUUGUGGUCUCCAGGAACCAAGAAGGCACGUCACUGCCUUCCUCCAUUAUCGUGAUAAAACUAGUCAAAGAAGAUGUUUCCAAAUGGGUUAAUGGUGUUACUUCUCCCCCACAUUCAUUAGCAGUCGCUAGUCAUAGUGCUACGUGGGUCAUGAUUUCCUGGCAGCCUCCGGAAUUCAGCCAUCCUUCAGAACUUAUUUCGUACAGAGUGUUCCACAAAUCCACCGCAGAAGAACAAUUCCAUUCGAAGAACGUAUCGGUAAAUUCCUACAUGCUAAACAAUUUGAAUCCUAACACCCAGUACAUCGUAUACAUUCAAGCCGUAUCAGAAAAAGGGGUUAGUAUGCCCUCGGAAACUUUAAUAGCAUGGACUGAUCCAGCUUACCCGGCUUUUGUCGAACCUCCUACAGUUCAUCCCAUAAAUCUAGUAAUAGAAGGCAGCAGCAUGACCAUUCUUUGCAUAGCAAUGGGAACACCAAUGCCCACAAUAUCUUUAUACAUAUCUGGCAGACUUGUAAGACAAGAGACGACACGGCACAUGGUCACAGUUAUACAUAACGUUACUAAAGAUAUGGACCAGAUCUCCUGUUACGCUGAUAAUGGCUAUGGCACUCCAAUGCAGGCUUCUAGAAAAAUUAUUAUAAGUCAUGGUCCGCACAUUCAAGCAAGUGGUAUAACCAUGACCACCCUCGGUGAUUCCGUUACGCUAGAAUGUAAAGUAGAAGCUCAACCAGAGCCCAAGAUGAUUUUCUGGAGGAACCACGAAGACCGAACACCAGUUAUUCAAGGUGGAAAAUACGAUAUCACCGCAAAGCCAGUUAAAGACGAAGACGAUAAAUAUAUAAUGCAGCUUACCAUUAAGCAAAUCACUGACAUGGACGUCGGAGAUUACUACUGUCAUGCGGAAAAUGCUUUUGGCAGCUCUACACAACCCGUAUCAGUAAGAAUUAGAAAUCUGGCGUCUGUAAACAAUCUGACUCAAUGUUGUUUAGAACAAAACGUUACUUCACCAUGCAUGGAUGCUUGCUCAUUUUAUCUAGACAUAGAUGCUGUGAUCGACAAGUUGGAAUGUGUUCAAGACUUUGGCAAGUUAAUGAAAUGUGCGAGUGAUGGUUCGGACCAUAGAAGUUGUUGUGCUCACCAAAAAGUUUCGAGGAGAUGCCUGGACUGGUGCAGAGGAGAACCCGUACUGAACAAUAAAGCUUGUGUUUUGGCUCAUACUAAGCAGAUCAUGAGUUGUUUCCACGAAGGCCGAGAUAAGCUACCUGGGCCACCGCAGAAUAUCCACGUAGAUUUCAUCGAUUCCCAUUCAGUAAAUAUCAACUGGAAUCCACCAAUCAAAAACCCUCACACUGUAGAACUAUACAGAGUGAUGCUCAAGUUAAACGAUCCACAUAGUAAAGAGAAUUUCACAGCGGACACAGCUACAACGCAUAUUAAAUUUCAAAAUCUUAGAGCUGGUGCAACAUAUGCUCUCGUUAUAAAAGCUGGAAAUAGCAAGGGAACUUCCACCCUAACCGAGCCCUUAAAAUUCACAAUGAGCGAUAAAUACAUCACUUCUGCGGCUAGCCAGGAAGGUCAAGAUGGACAUGUAGGAGUAAUUGUAGCUGUUAUUUUGGCACUAAUUGUAGUUGCCGCCAUUUUCGCGGGAGCUGUGUGGUUUAUGAGAAACAAGAAGAUGUUAGGAAUCAAGAAUUCGAACGGAAUUGCUUUUGAAAACCCUAGUUACUUAAGAGAAGUCAAUAUGGAUCAUAUUCAGGUGCCUCAAAGGGAAACCGAAACAACCCAGCUUGCAAACGGUAGUGCAAAUGGUAUAGCGGUUUCUUCUUCUUCAGGAGGCCAAGGCUGGAAAAACGAAGCUCUUCACGUGCCUGCACAACAAGAGGUCAAUCCAACCUUAUACGAAGAAUUGAAAUUGGGUCAAGAUGGUGCUGGAUUUAAGAGACUAAAACCCUAGUAUGAGGACCUAGAGGAUAAUGAAGGCAUAGAAUCUAGGUUUUAAGCAAUUGUCACACGUUGUGAUAGUAGGAUAUUAAUAAAAUAUACAGUACGUAAAUCUUUCAGCUAGACAUAGGUAAUAUACAUUGCGGUAAAUGUGGCCACUGCUCUCUCUCUCGAUAACACUGGCCAAAAUGACAUUUCCUUAGGCUAAAAAUAUUCAGCUACUAGAUUGUCAUGUUUUAACGUUUAUUUGUGUCAGCCGAAAUUAAAAUAUACUCGAGGAUUUUGACAUCACGAGCUGCGGUCAUCUUGGCGUGUCAUCAGGUCAAAGGUCAAAGCGUCUCCAAGUGGCUACCUUGGUAGGAUAAGACUCUAAUAGGUGUGCAUCAAGGGUGUUAAUUCUGCUACGUAAAUCUACGCAAAUACUUUAAAGUUAUUGCAAUGCAGUUCUAUUCCCACUAAAAACGAAAAAGUGUUAUUCUAAAAGAGAUUAAACAUAAAUAAAUAAUUCAUUUAAAGAAAUUUAAAAAAAAACACAUUCUACUGUACAAAAAACAUGUAAAAUACAAGUGUAAAUAAAAGGUUUAAAUAUACCACCUUCUUUUGCAAGACAAUAACCUAGACUAUUGUCUUAUGCUCACAAAAUGCUUGUCUUAUGUUUACAAGCUCUUGUGGCAUAAUCGUAGCACAAUAACGUCUUAUUGUAUUUUCUAAAUCAACUAGAAUAUGUGCUCUCUCGAUGUUGUUGCCAUAGAUGAUGGAAGAUGGUGUCGUUCCAAGGAAAAACAAUCCGUGUGACCCAAAUCGAGAGACCUCGCAGGCCAUUUAAUGUGGCUUAUUCCGCUUAUAAUGCGAUCCCGGGUCGCGCAUUAUGAACGGAACGGCCAUCCUGUUGGUACCAGACGUAUUCUAAACAUACAUUUGGGAGAUUCUGAAUAGCUGGAAUAAUGUUUUCUUGUAAAAGAGCAAGAUAUUUAGCUGAAUUCAGAACUCCUUCAAUGAAAAAUGGACCAAUUACAUGGUCACCUAAAAUGCCGCUCAACACAUUAAGUUUUUGAAAGCGUUGAAAUUAUCAUUUUCGUGAGAUAUGGGUAUUCAUUGCAGCUUGACAAAUCUCCAUUCUACGAAAAUUAUCUCCGCGAAAUAACUCCUUAGUUUUCGAAUACAGUGGAACCUCGAUAACUCGGAUUAAUCGGGACCGCGACCGAUCCGGGUUAUCGAAAAUCCGAGAUAGCCGGAGAAUAUGGUAAAAAUUAAUAAAAUACGGUAUACUUACAGAUAAACUCCGUUAGAAUUGAAAUAACAGGAAAUAUAUUUAUAAAUAUGCACAGUAUUACCUACUCAUUAAAAUUACUAAAAAAAAACACGAAACCCAAACGUAAGCAAAUGGAAGCGAACAAUACAAGACACACAAUACUAAAGACCAUUGUUUAUAAAAGAAUUUUUUAAAUAGUCUUUCCUAAACAAUGCUGACAGUUUGAAAUAAAAAGGAAUAGAUACUACAGACAGGUGGCUGUUGUUUCUGCGGCGUGUGCUAUGAGUCAUUUUUAAUAUCGUAUAGUUCAAAUUACACACAUAAGUACACAUUAUCUCUCAAAUAUUAUAUUACAUACAUUUUUAUUGUUGAAAGGCUUGUCUGAUAAUUAACUAUUUUGAUUGGAAAUAAGCCACAAUUAAAUUGAAAAAUACAAAAUAUUGAAAAUCAAAAUGUUUAUCUGAUGAAAAUCGGUCCGGGUUAGCCGGACUUCCGGGUUAUCGGGGGCCGACUUAUCGGGGUUCCACUGUAUUUGAAACUCUUAAAGCUAUAUUUUUUAAAACUUUAUUGCCUGUGGUAUGUGAGACCUCCAAUUCCUCAGCGACACUUCUAGUGGUUCUGGAAAUAUCCACCUCAAUGGUAGCACAAGUAUUUUCGUCUCUCAUUUCGAUUUCCUGUUGUCUUUCCGGGGACAUCUCUUUUAUUUUGUGACAAUCUUGUCUUCUUCUUCGGGUGCUAUGUCCGUUUAUCGAACGUAAGCGAUCAUGUUGGCUAUCAUAACUUUAUUCGCAGCAGAUCUGAAGAGCGAUUCCGAAGUGUGACCAAACUAUUGCCUCAAAUUUCUUAACCAAGAUGUUCUUCUUCCUCGACUUCUUCUGCCUAAUAUUUUACCCUGCAUAAUUAGAUGUAUUUUUCCGGAUGUCGACAAACAUGCGCAAAAUACUCGAGUUUUCUAGACUUUAUCAUUUUUACCAGUUCUCUGCCUUUCUUCAUCCUGCUCAGAAUAAUAUCAUUACGCACCCUGUCCAUCCAGCUUACUCUCAGCAUUCUUCGAUAGCACCAUAAUUCAAAGGAUUCAACCAUCUUAAGCAUUCUUCCUGUUAAGGUCCAUGACUCAACUCCGUAGAGAAGAACGGAAAACACGUAACACUUUAAAAUUCUUGUCCUAAGACUCAAAUUUAUGUCAUGACCGCAUAAAAUUUUCUUGUAACGGAAAAAUGCUGAUUUGGCUUGAGCAAUUCUGCAACGUAUUUCGGUGGAUGGAUCCCAAUUAUCAGUGAUUCUGCUUCCCAAGUAUGUUAUAGCUUCAACUCUCUUAAGUUGUACAUCAUUAACGUGACUCAAGUUUAUGUCAUGACCGCAUAAAAUUUUCUUGUAACGGAAAAAUGCUGAUUUGGCUUGAGCAAUUCUGCAACGUAUUUCGGUGGAUGGAUCCCAAUUAUCAGUGAUUCUGCUUCCCAAGUAUGUUAUAGCUUCAACUCUCUUAAGUUGUACAUCAUUAACGUGAAUUCCAGCAUCGAUGACAUUAUCCUUACUGACGACCAUAUAUUUUGUUUUUUUGAUGUUAAGGUGGAGACCAUAAUUACUGCACUGUGCUACCACAGAAUCCAAUAGAUAUUGUAAUUCGGUAUCACUACUGGCAAUCAGUACAGUGUUGUCUGCAUAUCGGAGAUUAUUUAUCAGUUUCCCGUUUAUCACAACUCCACCUUGUGUAGUACUGAGUGCCUCUUCAAACAUCUUUUCUGAAUAAAUGUUAAAAAUUAAUGGUGAAAGAAUACAUCCCUGUCUUACUCCACGUUGAAUUUGAAUCUCUUCUGUAUGAUCACCGUCUACUCUAACUGUGGCUUUUUGAUUCCAGUACAAGUUAGCAAUGAUUUUUAGAUCUUUAUCGUCAAUAUUAGUUGACCUUAGAACAUCUAACAUCUUAGUAUGUGAUACUUUGUCAAAUGCUUUUUAGAAAUCAAGAAAACAUAGGUACACAUCAGCAUUUACAUCUCUACUCCUUUGUACUAAUACCUGCAACCCAAACAGGGCCUCUCGUGUACCUAGUCCAUUUCUAAAGCCAAAUUGAGUUUCGCCCAAAUGUUCUUCGAUUCUUUUACAUAUUCUCGCAUGGAUCACACGCAGAAAGACCUUAAGUACGUGGCUCAUUAGGCUAAUGGUUCGAUGAUCAUGACAUUCUUUUGCCUUCGCUUUCUUGGGAAUUGGUAUAAAAGUAGAUUUCAGCUAAUCAUGUGGUAACUAACUAUGAUUAUAUAUAGCAUUAAACAAGUCAAACAAUACUUUACUUCCGCAAUCUCCUAGUAGUUUUAGAACCUCUGUGGGUAUUUCAUCAGGUCCCAUGGCCUUCUUUGAUUUUGACAAGCGUAUAGCAUCUUCCACUUCGCUUUUAGUUAUAGGUGGUCCACUAUUCGCGUCUGUUAUGUUGUAUUGGUCGAUCAUCCUGAAAAAGAUCCUCAAUGUAUUUCCUCCAUUGGUGCAGUUUUUAUUUGGUGUCAAACAAUAGAUUUUCAUUUGAAUCAGCUAUCGCACGACUACUUAUAUUUCCACACUUUGCUAAUUCUUUUACCUUCUUAUGCAUGUUGAAAGAAUCAUAUUUUCUUUCAUACUCCUCGAUUUCGCUACAUUUUUGGGAGAACCAUUGCGCUUUAGCACUCCUUAUUUUCCUUCUCAUUUCAGUGUACAAUAACUUAUAUUGGUCUUCAUUGCGAUUUCUGUGUAGUCUUCUUCUUUCCAUCAAAUCGAGAAUUUCCUGCGUCAUCCAUCUUUGUUUUGGUUCACAUUUCACCGUCUCCAAUUUCCCUUUUAUAUGAGUCUGAAUGGUAUCUCUUAUAUUUGUCCAUAUUUUUUCGAUUCGAUCUUCCGGUGAUACUUCAGUGAUACUUUCGAUGUUUUCCAUUUCUCUUUCCAAGUCUGUUACAAAUAUAUGCUUAACGUUUGGCUCUUUAAGCGCUUCUAGAUUCAGUUUAGGUUUUGGCUUUUUCCUAAAUAUGUGUUUUAAUCUUACAGUCAUCUUAGCCAAGAGACAAUCUUGUACAAUCUUGUAAACAGGAAAUGUGUGUCAAUACGGUCUAGAAAGUAUCCGGAAUUUUAUAUUUUUCCUAAUUUUAAUAGACUUCCUUUUUGUAACAUUCUAAGACAAAAGUAAUGCAUCAAGUAAGUUGUGCCAAUAGUAGGUUAUGGACAAAAUCGCAUGGCAACACCAUCUGUCAAAUAUUGUUGUUUGUAAACAGACUUAAAAUUUGUGAAAUAAUGUCGCAAGUAGAAAAAAGAAAAGUGAUGGAAUAUUUGUAUAGAAAGGGGGUCCGAAACGUUAAAAAAUUAGUGCAAUUAACUGAACUCGGGAAAAGUGCAGUGUAUGAGACAAUAAAGAGGGUAAAAAAUGGCAUAGAUAUGAGUCAUAGACCAGUUUCGGGUAGACCACGUAAGAUUCGCGGAAACAAUUUAAAUGCUUUAGUGGCUUUAGGACGACAAAAUCCGCGCCUAGGGUUUCGAAAAUUAGCGAACAGAUUUGGAAAUCAAUGAAGAAUAAAAGUGUGCCCAGAAACUGCCCGCAUAUCACUGAAAAGGCAAGGCUACAUAUCAAGGAAUCCAAAAAAAAUCCCUACAAUGACACCUCUGCAAAGGCAACGAAGAAUAGAUUUUUGUCAACGUUUUCGAGAAGAUAAUUUUAAUAAUGUCUUUAUAUCUGAUGAAAGUUGUUUCCAGCUUGGUGCAAAUUAUCUAAAAGUCAUAUCAAGAGAAAAUGUUACCGUUCAAAUUUCCAAAUUUCCCACUAAAAUAAUGGUUUGGGGAGCAAUAUAUCAGCGUGGUGCUACACCUCUCUGUAUAGUUAAUGGUACUGUUGAUAGUGCGAAAUAUUUUGACAUCCUAAAUGGUUUUCUUCUUGAAACGGCUCAUGUUUUGUAUCCCGAGGGGUGUCGUUUUCAGCAAGAUAAUGCAAGAUGCCAUACUUCUGCUUAUACUCAAGCUUGGAUGCAAGAACACGAAUUGGCAACAAUUCCGUGGGCAGCAGCAUCUCCAGAUCUUAACCUCAUUGAAAACAUAUGGGGAUUGAUGAAGAUUGAAGUGGAACGAGCAGCGCCACAAGAUAAAGAAGGUUUGAUUCUGUCAGUUUUACAGGCCUGGAACACCAUUACCGAAAAUUAUGGUCUUGACCUAGUUCGGGUGUACCUGGACGUUUAGUUAAGUGUUUAGAUUUAAAUGGAGGUUGUAUAAGUAAAUGAGAUGAAUUAUUUGUUGAAAUUUUAUAUUUCAAGUGAUAGAGAUAAAUACCAUAAAAUUAUAACUCUGUUUUUUCCGGAUACUUUCUAGACGGGCUAUAUUUACCAGAUAUGCAAUUAUUGUUUAUCUACAAGGUGUGGGUCUAUUUCCUAAAGUAUUAGCAAAUAAAUCUACACAUUUUGACAACGAAUUGCCUUGAUAAUACCAUUUAAUUAUUUGAGCUUUUUCUGUUUCGACCUUUCUGUAGCUAGAUAGUGUGAUGCCUAGUUAUUUAAGUUCCAUAUGAUUUGUUCUGUUAUCUGACCCUAUAGCUCUAACUUACACCUUAUUAGAUGUGUUGUUGUACUCAUGCAUUUAGUCUUUUUUUUGGGGAAAUAAACAUGUUAAAUUUUCUAGCGCUUGUAUUAAAUUGGUGCAGCAUACGUUCUAAAUCAUCUUCACUUUGAGAGAUUAGUAUUGCGUCGUCUGCAUAGCAGAUUAUUUUAAAUUGUGUUUCUCCCAAUUGGUAUCCGUUUUUUUGUUCUUACUUUUUUAUUAUUUCAUCCAUGAUCAGGUUGAACAAUAGAGGAGUCAGGGAGUCUCCCUGUCUUAUUCCAUAAUGCCAUCUUCAAUUGGGUCAGUUAGUCCUUCAUCUACUUUUACUUUUAUUGUAUUGUUCUGGUAGAUAUUUUCGAUCAUUUUGAUUAUUCCGAGAGGUACCUCUCUUGCGUACAAUAAAUGGAUAACUUCCUUUAAUUUUACCCUGUCAAAUGCCUUCUUAAGGUCCACGAAACAUAAGUAUGCCGGUUAUAUGACCUGAUACAGAAAGAACAAGAGUAGAAUGGAACAACCACAUAUGCCGAAUGACAACAAAUAGAGUAGUAAGGACGGCGAGAGACGGUUCCCAAAGAGGAAAUGACUCUUAUGCCUCAACUUACUGGAGGCACAUUGAAAAACAGACAGAGUCAUGUUUAUACAAAAAGAAGAAGAAGAUGAAGAAGAAGAGCUUUUUCUGGAGAAGUGCAAAUAAACAUUUUAAAACAGUACUCCUCGCUUCGCGGUUCCAAUCACAAAUCUCUAAUCCUAAACGUUUCACGCAAGUAGCUCAAGGUUAUACAAAAGUAAAUGUCAUUUGAACUACCGAUACAAAUCUUUUGAUGUCACUAUACUCUGGAGUGUAUAUUUGUUUAAUGCUAAUAACCAUGCUAAUCCAUUAUUACUGACAAUAAUUGUAAUUGUCAUCGAGAGAACGCAGUUGCCAUACUUACCUCAAUGUAUAUUACAUAUGUCCAGCUGAAAGAUGUGCGUACUGUAUAACACUUCGGGCAGUUAUAUAAGUCAAAGCUAUUUUAAGAGUAGCGUUGCAUUAGGUGACCAAUUGUGGAUAUUUGCCCGCAAAAAUUUUGUAUGUAGUUCUUAGGUAUUGUAUACAUUUAUUUUAAUAUUUUCACAAUACCUCAAUAGCGUAGUGUCACUGUUAGAUUUAUUAAACAAAUGUGAUUUUUAUUGUAAAUUUAUUAACAAUUUGGUAUAUUAUCGAUGAAGUGGGAAGAAUGUGUAUUACUAAAUAAGUUUUAUAUUGUAUAAUUAAACGUAAUUAAAAUGUGUAAAGAAUUUGAAUUAUCGUAGAGAGAAAAUUAUUGAAUACAAUAGUAUUUAAAGACAAAUAUAAAUAUAAUGACCAGCUUUUCCUCAUUUUUUAUUUCGUCUGUUAUAGACUUCUGCUUUAUGUUCUUGGACAUGAAAAUUGUUAUAUGUACCAUUAUUUUACGUCAAUUUGUGUCCACGAUACGCAAAUAUUUUAUAUUUCCUCUUUUUUAGAUAUCUUUUUAUCAUUCAAUAUGUUGGUGUUAAUCAACCUUCAAUUGUAAUAUUGUACAAUCAACCUGUAAUAUUUUUGUCUUUUUUUAUAAUUUUCACCAAACUAAAAUUUACAAUAUUUUUAUUUUAUUCUGAAAUGAUACAAAGCGAAAAACUAUUGUAUCAAGUAAUUUUUAACUUUAAGUUUGUUUAUUGUUUCUAUAACAAAUUAUAUUAAAUAAUUUAAAAUUAUAAUCUUUGAUAAUCUAUAUUUCCUAAAAAAUAUUGCGGCGUUUUCCAAUUUGUUAUAUAAAGUAAUCCGAUAAUUCCUAUGCAAUUAGUGUAUUUGUCUAAACUUUAGCUAUUUAAUCAACUAUUUUCAAUGGGAAAUUUAAAUUUAGCUAUUUAGAUCAAAUUAUUACAUUCUUUCCAUGUUUUGUUAAUCGGGUGUCCUCUUUGUCCAGAAUCCAUCUGGCUAAUUAGUUUACUAAUGUAACAUUCUGAUACUUGGUAUCUACUCACCUGGAAUAAUUUUAUUUUAAAAUACAUUUCGGUAAUACUACGCUACGGUCGAUUUUAUAGCGAUCUUAAAUUCUAAAGAGUUUUAUAGAUUCGGCUAGCAAUGCCAUUUCAAACUUAUUCCUCGCCGUGUCUGAUGUUGCGAGACUUAUCCUUGAGCAUAGUAUUUGUGUUACACUCCAUGGAACUGAUCUUUUUCUAAACUUAUUAUCUUUUUAUACCAGCAUACUGAAGAUAUAGGUAGGUAAAGAUAAGUUGACUUUAUUUUCAAUAGUGGGGUUAAUAGGCAUUAUCGAUGAGCUUGCAAAAGUCUGCAGAAGAAAAUCUAAACGCGUAUGGGUGAUAAUUUUCUGAAUCUGCAUUAUAUAUACAUAUAUUGCUCUUCCAGACAAAAACAAACAUAAUUUGUUAAUCGUAAAAGUAGUAGGUACAGGAUAAAAAUUAACAUAAAAUCCUAAAACACCAGUAACAGGUAAACAACAAAUAGACAUUUCAAAAUAUAGUGAUACUUCAAGGAUUCAAAAAUUAUAAAGGACCCCGCAACACUCCUUAUGAAAAAGUGGUCCCGGUCAAAUUUAACGAAAGUUUGGUCAAUGAUACUUCUCGAUGUGUAGAUUAAAAGAUUCCAUGGGACCUGGGUCUGAAUAACUACUAUUCUCGAGCUACCGCCUUCUGAAGUUAUUGGAUUCGAGUGCUCGGUUUACGUUAAGUGCACUAAUUCACGGUGAAGUGAACGAAAAUAUUUAUUGUUGGAAGAAGAAAGACUCAUUUUCUUCAUGCAUACUUGCGUGUUGUAUAUGAAUUCGUGGUCAAAAAUAGAUGCAUCGUAUUUUAGUCUUUAGAAAAUCUCCGAAAAGUCCUCAGAAAAUUAAAGAAGUGCGAUAUAAAGUGUGCUACAAGAGCGAUAUAAGAUUAUCAUGUUUUCAUAAAUGCGUCACAGUUAUGCAAUACCAGCAGAGCUGCAGUUCCGCCUUAUCUUUAGAAUGCUACUGAACAGUGGCGGAUCUAGAGGGGAAUGGGCUAAUUCCACUCGUAUCAUGCUCCAGGAUUAAAGAAAAAAAUGUUCUUCAUUUAACCAGAAUCAACGAGAUGGAGCCGUCAAAACACAUUUAUCACCAAAGACCGGAUGGUGCGAGGAAAAUACGUAGGCCCAGAGUACGAUUUAAGGAACAGGUGGAAGACGAGUUACGGGUGUUAAGAGUACAAAAUUGGAAAACCAAGGCGAAGGAUGGGUAGGAAUGGAAGCUGAUUAUGGAACAGGCCGAGGUCCACCAGGGAUUCUAGAGCCAGUUACCAUGAACUUUUUAAUACAAAAUAUUGUAAAAUGGAAGGUGCUACAGCUGAAGAUGCUUAACAAUUAUUACAGAGAUUAUUAAUUCCGAAUAUUGUACAAGCUAGUGUUUAGACUGAUAAUCCGAUUAGAAAAAAUGGUCAAUGGAGAAGGCUUCAUAAUUAUGAUUUUGCCAACUUUCCUGUUUUCGACUUAGAAUACCUAGAAGACCUUACGUUUGAGAUAUAUCAAAUUAAACUGGCACCGUCUUACAUACAAGAUAGUAUAAUUAGGGACAAUGACGAAGAGUUUCCAAUUGAUGAGAAUAUAGAUAAACCGGGACUUAUAAGUGUUCGAAUAUUUUCUAGGUUUCGGUAAGCUAGAAAACAUCAAAUGUUCAUUUUCUACACGGUUGAUGAAGAUGAGCCUGCAGAAGAACCGAUUAAAGGGUACUAUUGUACCUGUCAAUCUGGUGCGAGAACUGUGGGUAGGAGCUUGUGCUCAUAUAAUCAGUGUGUUAUGGUUUUAAGGCUUUGCAAGACAUCAACCCACUGUUAAGUAUCCUGGUAGGUCGUUAGUUAACACGACAUAUGAUGCAUCUAACCGAAAUCAGCAAAAUUCUAACGUACAAAUAGUCGAAGAUGACUUAAACCCGAUUUUUCCAUAGACAAUUGUAAUUUAUAUUUAGCGUUUACUAACUACCAGGUACUUUGUUUUUUUCGUAUUGAGAUCAAGUCCAUGUUCUUUACUUGUCUUAUAUCUGAUAUGCGGAAUAAAUUUCAUGUCAGCUAAUGUAUUUUUUAUGUUUCGACAACUUUUUCUUUAGUUCCGGACCGUGUUACGGGGGAAUUACUCCAUUUCCCCCUAGAUCCGCCACUGUUCAGUAGUAUUCUAAAGAUAAGGCGGAACUGCAGUUUUGCUGGUAUUGCAUAACCGUCAAGCAUUCAUGAAAACAUGAUAAUUCUUAUAUCGCUUUAGUAGCACAUUUUAUAUCGCACUUCUUUAGUUCUCUGAGGAUUUUUCGGAGGUUUUCUGAAGUCUUCUGAAUUCAUGUACAACACGCAAGUAUGCAUGAAGAAAAUGAGUCUUUCUUCUUCCAACAAUAAAUAUUUUCGUUCACUUGACCGUGAAUUAGUGCACUUAACGUAAACCGAGCACUCGAAUCCAAUAACUUCAUAAGGCUGUAGCUCUAGAAUAGUAGUUAUUCAGACCCAGGUCCCAUGGACUUUUUUAAUCUACACAUCGAGAAGUAUCAUUGACCAAACUUUCCUUACAUUUGACCGGGACCACUUUUCCAUAAGGAGUGUUGCGGGGUCCUUUAGGCCUCCUUCAGCAAGAAGCGGACAUAUUCACCUGGACCGCAAUACAUGAAAACAUGUCUAAGCAAAAUAUCAACACUCUAAUCUAAAGGGAGAGGGAGACUUGUAUUAUGUAUGUAUAUACCAUACGUUAAGUUUUCGAUUAAAGAUACGUGACUAAAAAUCUAAAAUAUUGAAACGCUAAAAACGCUAAAAUCGGCAACAUUGCUUAUGAAUGAGUUGCAUUUCCACUAUAGAAUCGACGAAUGACUAAAUAAAUCCACGAGACUCGGGUGUGGGAAGCGUAGAAGCAGUGUUGCCAUGUAUUGGGUGUACUACUAUAUUUAAUUUAAAAGUAAACACACGGUAUGAACCUUAACCCGUUCCGUGAUAAUAUGAUGCUUCCGGUCUUCGGCGUAUAAUAUGAUGCUUAAGCAGUCAAGCAUUUUAUGUAAAAAUGGAUGAAUCUCAUGACAAUUUCAGUUUAGACUGAUAUACCCUAUAUAUCGUUUCUCGAAUGACCAGAUUCUAUUCCCAUCAGCUUUUUAUUUGAUCUAAACUUUUCUCAGGUACAUUUAUUAAAAUAAAAGCUAGUCUUAAUAAGACCUAGCGAAUAACGACGAUUUUUUUAUAUUAGUCCUUGCCGCGUUUACUAUUAAGUACCUUUUAAUUAAAAACGAAAAACGAAGUAGUUUUCAAUCCUAAUAGUAAAUUAUUAAUAUUGAAAAUAUAUUGGUAUACAUUUAUCUUUUACCUUUUAAUUCUUAUGGUUUCUGUAGCACUAUUUUCCAUUGUCUCUCUUCCAUUUUUUACAAAUCCUCUCUGACUGUGUCUCAUCUGGUUUUUGUGAGAAUAUUCAUCUUCUUAAAAUCCUUUUUGUUAUCCAAAAUCCAAUCCAUUUGCUACAUGUAUUAUUAUGUUAUUUUUCUGCGCUUUACUGCGCUAAAGUAAUGGACAAGAUGAAAUAAAAUUAAAUUAGGUAAGAUUUUGUACAUCCCUUUUUCUGGCGUAAUUGCUUAUUGCUGACGUUUCGUCUGCAAGUGUAGCAGACAUUAUCAAAGAGGGUAUGGAGAAGAUGUAGAAUUACCUUGUAUCGUUAGCUUCAAGCCCUAGUUUUCACUAAAAUAUAGAUCAUCCAUAAAACAAUUAAAGUUUAUAUAUAUAUAUAUAUAUAUAUAUAUAUAUAUAUAUAUAUAUAUAUAUAUAUAUAUAUAUAUAUAUCAUUCCGUUUUAUAUAUAAAACAGAUACACGCUUAUUAUCUGGGUUACGAUCCAGAAAUAACUUGCACCAUUUCUUUAGGAGAUGUAGACAUAUCACCAAUGUAUACAUAUUGUAUAGCAUAUUUUUUUAAGUGACUAUAUAGAUAUAUUAUGGUAACGUUUACACCUGAUAAUGUAGAUUAUUUUAUAGUUUAUAAAGCAAGAUAUUGUUGUUGAUCAGACUAUAUUAUAGCUUAUUGUUUAUUUUUCCAUACACUGUAAUUGUUAAGUGUUUAAUGACCUUUCUAUCCUCUAGGUUUUUGUAAUGACCUCUUUUUUUAAUUUCUUCCAGUUCCGUGACAGCUUAUGUUCUUCAAUUUGUUCUCUAUUAUUUUGCAAAUAUGCAGACAUUUACCCGUACCUAUACUACAAGGCUGAAGCAAUUCCUGUUCACUUAGUUACUUUUCUAAGCUUAAAAUGGCAUUAUGUUACAUGUUAUCUACCUUUAAUAACAGCAUUAUCUCACUUUUUAACCUUCAAGAGAACUUAAACAUAAAGCAUAAGUUAAUUCCAUAUACACAGUCACUUAAAAAAUAUGCAGUACGUAUACUUCCAUGAUAUACAAUAUGUUUUAUUAGCUGAGAAAAACCAAAAAAAAUUAAUAAUCCACACUUGUGUGUGUAAAAGAGUGUGUAUUUAGAUAAGUACACUUACAUGUGCCUUCAAAGUAGUAUAAAAAUAAACUAUCGAAAUAUUGUGUAGAAAAAUAUUAUUUCUUGUACAUAAUUUUUAAAAAUUUGUAAGAUAUGUAAACACAAGUAGCAUAAGUAGAAUAAAAUUUAUCACAGAGGGAUGAAA